GCCGGGAGAGGCGGGGCAUCUGCUAGGGGGCCCCAUGCGCCGUGUCAUGGAGGCUCAGUGUGCGAGCGGCCAUUGAAGGGAAAGGAGCUGCGUGUUUCGCAACAGGAGGAGGGAUCGGGGUGGCCGAGCAGCCCGGAGUUCUCAACUCCGCUCGCACCGCCUCCGGGGCCCUUUGCUGAGCAGCCGAGAGGGGGGGACUCUCCCUUUAUUUUGUUCUUCUUCUUCUCCUCCUCCUCCUCCUCCUCCUCGCCACGCAUCCCCACGCCUGCCUGUCGGGUUCUCCUUAGGUAGUUUGCGCCCCUCCCUCCUCGCUCUCCACUUUGGAGAGGCUUUCCAGAUGGAGAUGAAAAAGCUGGAAAUGAAGAAGCGCGUUAACCUGGAGUUGAGGAACCGCGCGCCCGAGAAGGUGGCUGAGCUGGUGCUGGACAACUGCCGGUCCAGCAAUGGUGAAAUCGAAGGCCUGAACGACUCAUUUAAAGAACUGGAGUUUCUCAGCAUGGCCAACACAGAGCUGAGCUCUUUGGCCAAGCUCCCCACGCUGACAAAGCUUCGAAGGCUGGAACUGAGUGACAAUCUAAUUUCCGGCGGUCUAGAAGUCCUGGCAGAGAGAUGUCCAAAUCUUACAUAUCUAAAUUUGAGCGGCAACAAAAUCAAGGAUCUCAGCACCGUUGAAACUCUUCAAAAUCUGAAGAACCUGAAAAGCCUUGAUCUGUUUAACUGUGAGAUCACAAAUCUGGAAGAUUACCGAGAAAAUGUCUUUGAAUUGCUCCACCAAAUCACGUAUCUAGAUGGGUUUGAUCAGGAUGAUAAUGAGGCCCCUGAUUCAGAAGAGGAAGAAGACGACGACGAUGAUGGGGACGAAGAUGAGGAUGAAGACGAGGACAAAGCCGGCCCCCCAGGAGAAUAUGAGGAAAACGAUGAAGAUGACGAAGCUUCAGACUUGGGGGAGGGGGAAGAGGAAGAGGAAGAGGAGGAAGUGGGUCUUUCCUAUUUGAUGAAAGAAGAGAUUCAGGAUGAAGAGGAUGAUGAUGAUUAUGUAGAGGAGCGAGACAAUGAGGAAGAAGAUGCCGUUGUCCGGGGUGAGAAGAGAAAACGUUCACCUGAAGACGAAGGAGAUGAUGAUGAUGAUUAAGUCGCAGAAAAUACAAAUAGGACCCGAUUCAUUUUUGUUGGAAUUAUGCAAUAGUGAUAUGCAGAUUUGUAAGGUUCCAUGUAUGAUAGGUCUCUACAAAAGAUAUUAAUGUGUUUAACUUUUUAUAGGAAGUGUUUUACUAUGUUUGCCCUUUUUAUCAUUCCAACUAAGACAUAAUAAUCCAUUAUUGAUCAUAUUUCCAUCCGUUUUACUCACUGAAGCAGUUGUCCCUAUUUCCUGCCUAGAAACUUCAUUCCUCCCAUUUUCCCCCCCUUCUGUUUCCUCAUUAUGAGCAUGCUGUUAACCCCUAGCCAGUUACUUCAGACGGAUUGAACAAAGUUAAACUUUUAAGAGAGCAUGCUCAUGUCAAAUACACAGGAGUAAGAUAACCAACUCUUCACUGGAAAGGACUCUGUCGCAACUGAAAUGGGAAAUUAGGUCAUCUGGAACUCGCAUUUUACCUAUCAUUUCAUUUUAAAAGGAUAUCUGAAUGAUGUAUUGAAUUCCUAGUUCAUUUCUGUGUGUGGUUAGUCUCUCUCUCUCUCUCUCUCUCUCACACACACACACACACCAAACCUUUCUGGUAGAUAACUUUAAGCAAGGCUGGAAUACAGUUCUCUAAAAUAGUCUCACUCUUCCAUAACAAAAUUUAAACUGGAAAUAAUUAUAGUUCAUUCAAGAUUAUAACUUCUUCAUGACCCUUUUGACCAUUCCUCUCUAGACUCAUAGUUUACAUGCACAUUUCAGAACUCUUUUUGUUAUGGCUAAAAUUGAAUAGAGUCAUUCUUCAGUACUAAAUUUAAACCAAUAGAAGUUAUUCUGCAUUUUCUUUCUCGCUAUAUUGCCCUUUCAAGCAAUAUUGGCAUGUAGAUAUACAAGUGGGUUUAGAGCCAAGCUCCUGAAAACCACAAGAAGCUGCUUGUGUUGCUGAACUGGGAAGACAUUUAGGAAGGCAGCUGUUUAAUUCGGGGCACCGAAGCCAACAGAGGGGAGAAAGGCUUUACACCUCGAGUCCUGGAAAGAAAUAUACGAAAUUGCAAAUUAUUUGGAGUUCUCUCUCUGGGAUAGGUUUGGUUCGUAAAAGUAUGGGGUUCUGGUUGAGGAAAGCUAUUUAGCUAGGAUCCUCGAUUUCACUGUUAAGAAAUAUAGAAAUGCAUUUGCUAAAUGUGGCCAGCAAGGCAAUCUUUUCUGUGGAAGGUAGAGAGCGGUUGUGUUCCUUUUUCCCUUUUGAGCAGGUUAUUUUGACAAGGAAAAAUGGAUUCAGGGCUUCUGCCUGGUUCUCUGCUUCUGACAGAUGAACUUGUAUUAUUAAAUAAAUAUUUUGCUCAAAUA